ACGCAACGAGGGCACGGCGCGGCGGUGACGUCACGAAGCAAUGGCUGCGGCCGCGAAGGCGGCGCUCGAGCCCUGGCAGACAGCUGCUCCGCGGAAGCGCUCAGCUACGCGGCGGCCGCAGCGGAGGGAGUUGGAGGCCCGAGGCCAUGAGACUGAGCCCGAGGCUGACACCAAAAUCGUGCUUCGUCGCCUCCGGGAGGCCGACUUCAAAAUUUCCCAGAGGCUUCCUGCUUCCAGCACCCCUAAGUAUGGUAUGGUCACCCCUGCCUUGAGCGGAGAAGAGCCAGGCACUCUACAUGCUGAUCUGUGCACAGACUUAUCAGGCACACCCAUGAACGACCUGCUUAUCUCUGCUUUCUGGAGUUCAGCAGUAGAAUCCAUCAGCCGAUGCCUUACAGAACAGCUAGGACAACAGAAGCCUCCUGUGAAGACUCUGUCGGAAGCUUUCGGAAACCUGCACCUUGACUCACCACUAGGUGAGUCCGAUGUGGCCCAUGCCUCCAGCCCAGGAGAGCCCUUGGUCUCGGGAACCUGCCGUGUGAAGUGUGUGUGUUAUGGCAUUGGGAACUUUGCCACCUGCAUCACAGCUAGAACCCAGCUAGCAUUUCUGCUUCUCUUCUUGGACAAGUGCCAGACUCCUAGAAGUCACUGCUGGGUCUAUGACCCUCUGUUCAGUCCACUCGAAAUUGCAGUUCUUCACACCCUUGGUGUGACAGUUCUCAGUGAGAAUGAGGAAGGCAAGCGGAGUGUUUGUGGGGAGCCCACCAUCUUCUACAUGCUUCACUGUGGGACAGCCUUGUACAACAAUCUUCUGUGGAGUAACUGGUCCGUAGAUGCCCUGUCCAGGAUGGUCAUCAUCGGGAACAGUUUCAGAGGCCUUGAGGAAAGGUUGUUGACAAGGAUUCUGCAGAAAAAUUAUCCCUACAUUGCAAAGAUUCUGGAAGGACUGGACGAGGUGGAGUUUCCUCAGACUUCAGAGUACAUGGACACAUUUAAUGACACCUCAGUCCACUGGUUCCCUACACAAAAGCUGGAACGCCUCCCCAGAGAUCUGUGGAUGUUUCAGGAAGAACCUGAUUACCAGGGCUGUGAGGACCUUGAGAUCAUCAGGAAAACAACAGAUCCUCCCACUGCUGACAUGAACCCAGUGUGAGGCAUACAGUGCUGCCUAUGUGGAAGCUGCCACCAGCCAGACAGGAAAGCUGCUGGGGAGGGACGCAGAGGAACCCUUUCUUUGCAGUGGGCCAAAUGUCAGAUGAGAACCAGAAAUACAGCAAGUUGGCUGUCCUGUUUUAAGGAUGACAUGCUGUGUAAGUACUCAGUAUGAAGAUGUACAGACUUCUAAAAUAGCAUUUUUACAUCCUCCCCGAGUGGCUUGGUCUCAUGUAAGUAUCUCUGUGUUAGUGUGUAAUGCUGGGGAUUGAACUAACGGCUUGUGCAUGUUGGGCAAGUGCUCUACCACUCCUGGAGACACCUGGAGAGGUGACUGGAUCACAGGGCACUAUAGUCCUCAGUGCAUUAUCCUCUGAUGUGCGAGCUGAAUGUGCUGUUAGGAUGUGGGGCCCAGCUGGAAGUGGGCACUGGGGCCAGGCACUCCUCUCUAAGCUCUGCUUCCUGGCUGCCAUGCAGUGAACACCUGUCUUCCACCACACUCUCUGCCAUGUUCUUGUCCUGCAGUCAGCCCACCACGGGUCUGAGACUUUGGGCCAAAUAAACCUCUACUUCUUUAA